AAGGUUACGCCUUUCCGAGGAAAGAGGAAACCACGGACAGAUCUACAAAAAGGACUCUACUGGGGAUUUUUUUUUUUCCUCAACAUAAAGCUCAUUAAUUUCAUUUAGACCAUCCAAGUUGCACGAUGAGCAUGAUUUACGUCCUACUUUUCGGCAGUCUUGUCUUUGCCCUCACUACUCAAGGUCAACCUUGCUCCAAACCUCAAGGAGACCACAUGGUUUUGAAAGGUGAUGCCAUUUUGUCAAACUCAUUUCCAGACGGGACCGCAGUUUCUUUUCAGUGUGAAACUGGAUAUAUGUCUGUUGGAGGGUCUGCAUCCAUUACCUGCACUGCCGGAACCUGGAGUCCAAUCAGGCUGAAAUGUGAAAGGAAGAACUGUGGCUCUCCUGGAGAGGUGGCAAAUGGAAAUAUUGAUUAUGCUACAGGGACAUAUUUCGGUGAUAAAAUUGUCAUCACUUGCAACACUGGUUUCAGGCUAGUUGGAAGAUCUGAAAUCGUUUGUGGGGUUGAUGGCUGGAUGAGCAGGUUGCCUGAAUGUGAAAUAAAGACUUGUGAUCCUCCAGCUAAGGUUGGAAAUGCUUCUUUCAGUCCAGAUAAGGAUGUCUAUGACUAUAGAGAAGUCAUCCAGUACACGUGCCUGAAAGGUUUUACUCUCAAUGGGUCCAAGUCGAUAUCAUGUUCUGAAGAUGAAAUAUUCAAGCCAGAUCCUCCGAAGUGUAUCCUGGUUAAGUGUGAAGAGCCUAAAAUUGCGGAUGCUGAAACUGUUUCUCCAUACUUGCCUCUUUAUGGAUACUUGGAUACGGUGACACACCGGUGCACAUCUGGGUUCAGAAUGGAAGGAGAGCCUACCUCGACAUGUGACAUAAAUAGUAAAUGGACACCUGGACUUCCACAAUGUGUCGUGGUUAAGUGUGAUGAGCCUAAUAUUGCAAAUGCUGUACGGGUUUCUGGAUCCCAGCCUCCUUAUGGACACUCAGCUACGGUGACAUACCAGUGCAACUCUGGGUUCAGAAUGGAAGGAGCACCUAUGUUGACAUGUGACAUAAAUGGUCAAUGGAAACCUGGACUUCCAGAAUGUAUCGCAACAACAACAACUACUACUACCACUCAACCAUCCAUCACAAUGAAGGUUCCUGCAGUUUCUGUCGGACCAACGCGCCCACCGGACAGCGGUGCACCAAAUGUGUGGCAGUCAUGGCUUAUUGCUAUUCUGGUCAUCAUUGCUUGUUGUGGCGUCAUUGCCUGUGGGUGCCAUUUCUUUGGAGUACCUGCAUCCAUCAAGACGAGAUUUCGCUCUCAGGGAGGCUAUUCUGGAAAUGUGGCAACAAAAGAUGAAGUGGAGAUGUAGCACUCUUGUAAGGGGCACACUGCUGUUACUCCAACAUUUCUGGCUGUAGGAUCGUCCGACUGAUGCGACUGUUUCUGGACUGCACUUGUGCCGUCCUCCUGCUUACGGCUGGCAGAAAACGCCAAAAUGACCCAAUGUAAGGUCACAAAAUGUCAGCAAGCCUGGAGCACUGCUUCUGCUUUAGUGACUCUGUAUCAUUUGACAAUAAUACAUGUUUGGCCAUGAUUACUUUAUGUAAUUAUAUUUAUUGGCACCCUUGAUUGACACGCCAGAACUUCACAUAUGUACAAAAUGAAUGCAAAUGAGCAAGUUUUGUAUAAGUGGAAUAUUUAAUAAAUGUCAGUUUUUGUGCAACAAAAGAUACAAUGUAUGCUUUACCCUUUGAAUUUGUUAAAAAAAAAAAAAUCUUACAGCCAUUUUUAUUUAGAGGAGUCAGGGGAU